AGAGGCACGCCACCACAGGGUUUCUAUUUGAUUGAAAGGGUGACAGUUUGUUCAGCAAUCAAUGGCUCCUGCUAAAGCUGAUAGUUCAAAAAAGGCUGACCCAAAGGCACAAGCCGCAAAGGCUGCUAAAGCAGUCAAAUCGGGUGCAUCAACUUUCAAGAAGAAAGCGAAGAAGAUUAGAACGUCAGUUACCUUUCAUCGACCAAAGACAUUGAAGAAGGAAAGAAAUCCCAAGUAUCCUCGCAUCAGUGCUCCUUCAAGGAACAAGCUUGACCAGUAUCAGAUUCUCAAAUAUCCUCUCACCACUGAGUCUGCAAUGAAGAAAAUUGAAGACAACAACACUUUGGUUUUCAUUGUCGACAUUCGUGCCAACAAGAAGAAGAUAAAGGAUGCUGUUAAAAAGAUGUAUGAUAUUCAGACCAAGAAAGUGAAUACCCUGAUCAGGCCUGAUGGUACCAAGAAGGCGUAUGUUAGGUUGACCCCAGACUAUGAUGCCUUGGAUGUGGCCAACAAAAUUGGGAUCAUCUAAGGUAGGAUCUGUCUACAUUUCUGGUGUCUUCUUGGUCAAUGCUCCAGAGUAGGACAGUCCCACUAAGAUUUGAAUCAGCAGGGAGGGUUGUGAAGGGUUAGCUGGUAAUAUUUUGGUGUUAUGCGGUUUCUCUGCCAGUGGAACAGAGUAGGAUCUUUGCAUUUUUCUUGAAAUAUGGAAUUCACUUAAUAUAUCUUAGUUUUUACUAAUGCUUCCAA